GCUGACACCAUGUUGUUGCACGCAUUCACUCUUGCAUGAUGGAGUCGUUGACACCUCCGUUGAGUGACACGGAGCUUCGGGAUGAGCUGAAAAGGCUUGGAUUCAACCCUGGUCCAAUUACUGAAUCCACUAGAUCAGUUUAUUUGAAAAAAAUGCUCAAACUGCAAUCCGGAUCCAAGUCGAAACCAGUCCGUGAAACGGCAAGCUCAAGAGAGAGAAGUACUCGACUUACGAGAAACUCGCCAGCUAAGGUAGACACAAAAAGCUCUUCAAAUCACCAGCGGAUUGACCCGGAGGUCCGUCUUUUCCCGCUGUCUGUCCGACCCGUCGAUACACCAGGUAUAUCGAGACCUGGAAAUACCCCUAAUGGUGUGAGUACCAGCCGAUCUGACGUUACUACUACCGUGCUACCAACCAAUGGACCCACCGUGAACUCUACUCCUCGUUCCAGUACAUCCUCCCGUCUCUCUUUGGGAAGACUACCUGCACCUACGUUCUCUUCUUUGGCUACACCUAGCAGUUCCGCACGUCCGGACACUUUUCGAACGCCCCGUGUUCCUGGUGACACCCAUUAUUUAUCCCGUGAUGUCACUCCUCAGCGCGCAGCUGGCCAUACUCCCACGCGCAAAACAUACAUUUACUAUAAGGGUGGACAGAGUUCUGAAUCGGAAACGGAUGAGGAAUCCGGAGAGCGCCCCAGUCCGUUUGCAUCCACGAUGUCCAGAGUUACAGGUUGGCUUCGGGGAGGUGAAAAACAAAAAGGGUCUUCCACCCCCCUUACUUUCGGUCGUUUUGUCAAGCCUCGUCUCAGUUGGGAUCCGCGGGAUGACGGUCACAUACAGAUAUCUGAUACUGACCACUCAGAUGCUGAAAUACUUCAGCGCGAACCACUAACCAGACGAUACCGAAAUUCCAUGGGCGGACCACGGGACAAGGGAACAGUGACUUCGACGAGUCUCUUAUUCACUCCGCCCCGCUCGACCGAAAAAGGCUCAAGCCCAACACUUCGAUCCGGGUUUUCAAUCAUGUCCGACGACCAGGAUGCCGAUAUCGGGAACAGGCGGUUUGGUCCAACCAAAGAACCUUACCAACGGCAGUUUCCUCAGCUGGAUUCCACCAGCCGCAUGGGUCGCCUAAUAUCCUGCUUGGCCACGCACGUGCCCAAUCUCAUUCUUGUCUGCGGUGUGGUGGCGAUUUGUGUUCUGGCCUUGAGUUACAUCAUUUUGCGUGAUCACCACGGCGAGGUUGGGAAACUGGCAGACCUUCAGAAAAUCGUUUGUGGAAGCCCCGCGAAACUGGGAAAAGAAAAUUCUCUUGAGACCAUGGGCUGUUUACAUCAAGGAGAUUUGGAUGAAGCGCUCCCUGUCCUUGGCAUCGCGUACGACAUAUUGAGUCGUUAUGCAGGUGAAUACCACUGUGGCACUACGAAGCUGGACAGCCCACGAAUGUAUUCCUCGGCUGCAAUGCGUUUAGUAGAGCAUGAAUGGCAGACUCAUACGGCGUCUCCGGAUCGCGACGUAUCCUUUCCCAAUAUUUGGCGCAAUGUCCUAUUUGUGGUUAUUCAUGUGGGGCGAGUGCAUUUCAAAUUAAUCGCUUACGAUUUGUAUGGGAAUGAGUUGGACCCGAAAAGCAAGCCAACCCCUGGACCAAAUGACGUUGUGCAACUGGAAAGCAUACAGCCGUAUUUCUCCGGGCUGUGCCGCAUGCGGUUCUGGGUCAGUUGGUUGGCCCAGAUGUGUGUGACGGUGUUCUGGACAGUUAUGACGCUAGUGCUAGUGAUCGGUAUUCUGUUUCUUCUCCGAUGGAUCCGGCAGAAACGACUGCGGAUGCUGGAACAAAAAGCAGCACGCAUUCGUGACUUGGUUGCUGAAGUUGUGCACUUGCUACAGCAACAGCUUCGAGAUAAUGAAGUGGACCCUGAUCAACCACCAUAUGUGCCAGUGUUCGCUCUUCGGGACAAUCUGCGUCAAAAACAUCAGGACCUCGCCCAACUGUGGCCUGAAGUUGUGCGUUAUGUUUACGAGGUGGAGACUUGCAUCGGAGUUCGAGAUUGGCGCGGUAUUGGAGAAACAUGGCAAUGGCAAGGUGGAACUGGUUGGCAGGGUUCAGCGCUCUCGGACAAGUCACAGAAACCCCCGUUCAUCGUCCCGCCAACCGAAUGCCUAAAAAUUCGCAACAUGUUUUCCACCGACCGCCUUGAUGAACGGGACAAACGGCGCAUCAAACGGGAGUUACUCAAAAAACUAGUCAAUUGUGGUUCAAUCCUCCACAUAGGACUUGACAAUGUGGGAACAAAGGGCUUGGUGUACGUCAAGUGUGCCGAUGCAGACACCGCGGGUCGGGUUUACCAUGCCAUCCACGCAAACUACUUUGACGGUCGUCUGUUGACCGUAAAGUUUUUGAGGGACGCCAAAUAUUGCCUCCGAUUCCCAGAGGCACAUGGAAUUCAUGUCCCACUGAAUGUAGCCGAUCUUGAAUGAGCACGCUCUUUUUUCUACCGCCUUCUGUGCUGACGGCAUCCUCCAACAUCCCUCCUGUCGAACCGUGGCCAUUAGUUACUCCCUUCAUCCAAGUCGUUUAUGUUAAUAUUUCAUAUCCAAGACCAUUGUUUCCCUCUACUCAAGUCCCACACGUCUUGAAUUUUUGUAAACCGAACUGAAGUUCAUCCAUAGGUAUCCAUUUUCUAUACGCGCUCUUCCCCGUGUGUAUGUUUCGUCCCCUCCCCCACCCAUUGAAUAGCCGUCUGUGCAGCUUUGUUACAACUGGUUAACAUCUGAAACAGUUAUAAGCAUUUGUUCCAUUGUACUAUAUACGUUUCUGCAAACGCCGUCCAAUGUACUAUUUGAUAAUCUACCAACACACUCGCUUUUCGUGCAGGUGUUUUUUCAUUUUACUGUCCAUAUCGCUUAUUUAGAGUGUGCCUGAUCGGUAAACAUCUCCGUGAGGUUAGAAAAUAAUGGCAGAACGUUCUCCCCGAUCACCGUCAUUUGGAUAGUUGCUCCAAGAGUUUCUCUUGAGUCUCACGCAGCACGGCGUUGGGAUCUUCCAGUUUGAUCUGU